GCACUGUCAGCUCACUCCUGUCGGCCGGACAGGGCACCGAAGAUGCCGGUGGGCAGUUUGUGCCCAGCCACCGUUCUCCUGCUGGUGAUCGCUCAGCUGCCGCCUUGCAGCCCAGCCCCGCUGAACGGAUCCAAGUGGACCUAUGUUGGUGCUGAUGGGGAGAAAAGCUGGUUCAGGAAAUAUCCGUCCUGCGGGGGCCACCUGCAGUCUCCAAUAGACUUGCACAGUGACACCCUGCAGUACGAUGCCAGCCUGAUGCCCCUUGAGUUCCAGGGCUACAAUGUGUCUGCCGACAAGCCAUUUAACCUGACCAAUGAUGGCCACUCAGUGAAAUUGAACCUGCCCCCAGAUGUGCACCUCCAGGGCCUGCAGUCCCGCUACACAGCCACUCAGCUGCACCUGCACUGGGGGAACCGUGACGACCCCUACGGCUCUGAGCAUGUUGUGGAUGGAAAGCAGUUCGCUGCUGAGCUACAUAUCGUCCACUAUAACUCAGACCUGUACCCUGACAUCCGAACCGCCAGCAACAUGUCAGAAGGCCUCGCUGUCCUGGCUGUUCUCAUUGAGAAAGGCUCCUUCAAUCCCUACUAUGACAGGAUCUUCAGCUUCCUGCCAUAUGUCAAGUACAAAGGACAAAAUGUGCGCAUCCCAACCUUCAAUAUUGAGGAACUGCUUCCCGAAAAGCCUGCUGAAUACUACCGCUACCGAGGAUCCCUCACCACCCCGCCUUGCUACCCCUCUGUGCUCUGGACGGUUUUCCGAAACCCUGUGCACGUUUCCCAGGAGCAGCUCCUGGCUUUGCAGACAGCUCUGUACUACACACGCGCAGACGACCCUUCCCCUAGAGAAAUGAUCAACAACUUCCGACCCGUCAAGGAUGUCGAUGUGAGGCUGGUACGCACCUCCUUCCAAGAAGUGCAAAUCCUUCCCGGCACAGGACUGAGUGUGGGAAUCAUCCUUUCUGUGGCCCUGGCCGGCGUUAUUGGUAUCUGCAUUGUCCUAGCAGUGUCCAUUUGGUUUUGCAGAAGGAAGAAGAGCACAAAAGGUGACAACAAGGGGGUCAUCUACAAACCAGCUGCCAAGAUGGAGACGGAGGGCCAAGCCUGAAAUUCAAGGCCCUCUCAAUUGCCUAAGGAAGGACCUUACUUACACAGCUGGCUCUCAGGACACUUGAAAUACCUCCAGGUGUUCUCUGAAGCUUCACCUGCAAACACCCAGAUGCCUGGGGGACCUCAGGCUCCCCUAAGGCUCUGGGCCACCACUAGAGUAGUGGUACUCAUGGGUGGGAUGAACUCCAAGAACCAGGAGGCAGGAACUCUGGGUUGCCUGCUGUGCCUGUGUGAGACUGGUAAGGGUCUGGAUUCUGGGUCACAAACCCAAGCUGCCUGCUGGCGGGCUGUUUACUCACUGGAAAACAUUUCUACCCAUGGCUUCAGGUGAGUGUGUUCACAAGUGCCUUGGAAAUUAUGCUUAUUCUCCAAGCUUUCAGACCACAGUGUGCAUUUUCUGCUUGUAUGUUGCUUCGGAAACCCAGUUUCUCUCCUCAGCGGGGGGAGAGCUGCUGCCCUUUGAUUUCCUUCUAUGACAAAGCCUUCAGUCUGACCUCACAACUGUAGGGGAAUUGUUGUGUUAACUGGAAAAAUCUUGACAAGGAAAAGAAAACAAGAGAUUGUAAUACAUUAGGGAUAUUUUUCACAGUCUUGCUCUUUGGGUUAUAAACAAUGAAUGCAUAUUAGAGAAAAGGGUUUUGUUGCUGUUUUGCUUUGUUUUUGUUUUUUGGUGGGAGAUAAGAAGAAAGGCAGAGAGACAAGGAGGUGGAAGGGAAAUGGAGAAGGCAAGGAUGGUCUGGGAGACUGUCACACUGGAGUCUGAACUUGGAUGCACAGUUGUUCAUCAAGUCACAAUAUAUGGGUAGAAUAUUGAAUCUAAAACCUAACCUCCUGUUAGGUUUUUGUACUGUACUGAUUUUUGUUAUAAAUAAUUAGACUAUUCCUACAGCAGACCUGGAGUUCUGAGGUGGUCCACUGAGCUUUUGAAAAAUAGAAGCAAAA